AUGGGACUAACUAUUGUGAUCAAUAAUAAAUAUCAAAUUAUCGUGGGAAUAGUUGCAGUCACAAAAAUAGUUAUGGGCAUUGGUGAUAAAAACCAAACUAUCACAGAAACAACCAUUGAUACUACUAACCCAAAUAACGAAGGAGACUUUUAUAUUACAGAGGCAGUCACUAAUAUUCAAAAAAAAUUCGCAUGUAGAUUAUGGAGAUAUAUGGAUGCAUACAAUAGAGGGUUAGAGGGUAAAGUUUCCGAGUGGGCUGUAAGUAAAUUUAAAUCACAUAGACAAUUACCAGAAAAUAUUGAAAGAAUAAUAGAAAUUGAAUAUGGAAAAGUGAAGAUGGGGGGAAAUGAACAAAGUAACAAAUAA